AUGAAGAUUCUCACCAAAGAAGAAGAAGAAGCUCAUUACAAUGCCACCCUCAGCGGCGGUAUCAAAGGUGGACUUCUCGGUCUCGCACUGGGCGGCUCAGUAGUUACACUCGCCCACCGACGCUUCCAUACCUUCCGCCAACUCACUCUCCCUCUAAAAACUUUCCUCGUAACCUCGUCCGGAACUUUUGCCGCAAUUAUCAACGCGGAUCGCUCAUCACGCGCCUACCAAGACAGCACACACCCCGAAACAUUCUACCUGGACGAGUCCCAAAAGGCCCUUCAAGCAGAACGGGCAUCUGAGUCUACACUCCAGCGUGUAAAGGAUUGGGGACGGGAUAACCGAUACUCGAUUGUCACAGCAUCAUGGGUUGCGUCUAUGGGAAUUGCGUUUGGCAUGGUGUCAAGGAACAAAUACUUGACGGGCGCACAGAAGUUGGUGCAAGCUCGUGUGUAUGCACAGGGUUUGACGCUUGCAGUAUUAGUAGCGAGUGCGGCAUUUGAGGUCGGUGAUGCCAGUAAAGGGAAGGGAAGAUGGGAGACAGUCAAGGUUCUGGAUCCUAAUGACCCAGAACAUAAGCAUAUGAUUGAGAAGCGUAUCCAUCAUGAAGCAUAUCAAGGCGAGGAUCUAUGGAGAGAUAUGGUAGCAACAGAGGAGCGCAAGAUAGCCGCUCGCAAGAAGUCCCAAGAAUCUCAUUCUAACCAUAAAAAGUCGGAUGACUCUUCCGAUCACAAAAAGUCUGAAGACUCCUCAUCCAAAAAAUCCGAAGGCUCAUCUUCCAGCAAAAAGUCAGAUGAUUCCUCCAGCUCCUCCAAACCCAAAUCCACGCCUCCCCCAAACAAAAACACCGACGACCACCGCGAAAAAUCCAAACCCUCACCCACCGAAGUCGAAACCAAGAACCGCAUCGUAAGAGAGAGCAAGAGCGCCGGCAAGAUCGACUACGCAGAGGCGGAAGCGAUCGAGGCGAAGAACCAGGCCAGACAGAAACAGCGACGCGAGGAUGCGAUUAAUACCGCAAAGUCGCCGGAUGAUGUUAAGGUCUCGGAACAUUAUGAUAAGCAGAGUAGUCCUGCGAAUUGA